AUGCAACGUUUAGCUGAUUAUUUUCUCGUUGUUGGUUAUGAUCAUGAUGAAGAACGAGGUGGUCGUUCAUGUGGCAAAAUAAUUCAACGUUUUCCAGAUAAAGAUUGGCCGGAUUGUGCAUUUAAUCCACGUAUUAUACAUUUUUGUCAACCACAAGGAUGGAUAUUAACAGCAAGACAUGAAUUACCAACAUUUUUUAUAUCAAUAUUAACUGAUUUAGAUGGUUUAAGACAUUAUUGUGCUUGUUUAACAUUUCAUCAAACACUUCUACCAACAUCAACAACAACAACAACAACAACAAAUACAUUAUUUAAUAAAAAUAAUAUAUGUAGUGAUGAAGCCGAUGAUACCGCAUUUUUAUUACCAAAAACACAAAUGUAUGCACCAAAAUGUUUAUUACUUACAUCAAAAUUGGAUUGUUUCGAAGCAUUUCGAAAUUGCCUUGGUAUUGUUUAUACUAUGUAUGUCGAACCUUCGUCAGAUAUUCGAAUUGAAACAAUAAUUGGUAAUAUUCUUGGUAGUGUUAAUGUACCACCACCAGGUGGACAUGCUCUUCGCUUUUCAAUUGGUGCUGAUGAUCGACAAGUGAUACAACCACCAGCUAGUCCUACCGUACCUUGUACUGGUCUAUCUGUAUAUAAUCUAUUUAAAGAAUUAGGAAUUGAUCAUGUUGUCACAAUCUUUUGUGCUGCAUUGUCAGAUAUAAAAAUUUUAUUCUUUUCGAAAAGCUAUUGGAAAUUAACUGAAGCUUGUAAAGCUGUGGAAUCUCUUUUAUUUCCACUUAAAUAUUGUUAUACAUUUAUACCCGUGCUUCCAUUUGAUCUAAUUGAAGUACUUGAUGCACCAACACCUUUUAUAAUUGGCGUUCAUUCAGAUCAAAAAAUACAAGCUUUAUCUAAUUUCGAUGGUUUAUGGACUGAUUUGGAUGGUGCAAGUGUACAUUUAACUGAAAAUGUUAAAUUAGCUCCAAUGCCUGAAAAACCAUAUAAUCGUAUAUUAUCUUCAUUAUUUCAAAUUCUUAAACCUGAUAUUCAUGCAGCAGAUUUAGCUUUUCCAUUAAAUGGACGAAUGAAUUUAAAGACUGAUAGUGGAAGUCAAAUUGUAGCUGAUUAUCCGAAAUAUAAAGAUGAAUCAAAUAAAGAUAAACAAAUUCGUGCUAUUUUUAUUCGUCUUUUUUCGGAAUUAUUUGCUGGUUAUCGUUCGUGUUUAUUAAUUAUUCGUAUUAAUCCUAAGCCAGUUAUUUCAUUUCAUAAAGCAAGUUUUCUCGGUCAUCAUCGAUUAGUUAAUGAUGAAUUUAUGUUACGUGUUCUUGAUUCAAUGUCAUUUCAUAAAUUUAUUGAAGAACGUGGUCCACCAUUUCGAUCAUACGAUAUAUUUGAUGAUGUAUAUGCAUGUAUUUAUGAUCAAUUAAAACGUGAAAAUGAUCCUAUAUUAAUGAAUUAUUCAACAUCAGUUUUUGAACAUAUUAAAGAAUUAGCAAAUCAACUAUUAUUAAAUGAAAAUCCAUCACCACAACAACAAUAUACACAAAAAGUACCACAACCAACACAAACGAGUUGUACAAGAGAUAGUGUACCAGAAUUUCCACAUUUGGAUAAAGAUUUAGUUAAUGCAGCCAUUAAAGAAGGACUUAAAAAACAACAAAAUAGCAGGCCUUAUUCAGCACGAGUGAGUCAACCAUGUAUUGUUAAGUUAGGAACAGCAAUACAUGUACUUAAUGGACGAACUGAUAUUUCACAAUCAGCAAGACGUUUAGAAGUGUUAAAACAAUGUCUUGGUUAUAUAUUUAGUGAUAAAAUAUCUGAAGCUAAAAAAACAAGUGGUGCUGUAUUUUAUUCAAUAAAAAGUCAUGAAGAUGCUCGAAUUGCUCUAUGUAAUGAAUUAGCUUCAUAUAAAAAACAGAAUAAACCGAAAUUAAAUAAUCAACAAUUUGAAAUGAUUGCUAAUUUACUUAAUUGUGCUCUUGAAGCAAGUUCAUCAAUUGAUGAACAUGGAAUUGCUUAUAUGGUGCUUACUUUAGCAACAACAUUUCAUCGAAAAUUAAGUGAAGAAGCAACACAAUUUAUUUAUACGGAUAUACAACGUCAUGCUGUUUGGGCUAAUAUGCAAUUUUGGGAAAUGUCAUUUUAUUCUGAUGUUCAACUUCAAAUACGAAAUUUAUAUUUAUCUCAUGAAGAUUACAAUCAAAAUAAUAAUAAUAAUGAUAAUUCAGCAGUUACUGAUUCAUUAUCAACUUCAUCAGCAGAUACUGUUACACAUCAAGGAUCUACAAUAACACAUGAUUUAUGUGCGGACCAUCCUUCUCAUCAAAAUGGAACAACAGUGCAUGAAAAAACAGCAUUAGAAAUAGCGGCAGAACAAAUGCGUCUUUAUACACAAAAAACAUCGGAAGAACAACGUUCAAUUGAAGAUCUUGAAGAACAAACUAUAUAUGCAUUAGCUAUUCAUUAUAUUCAAUUAAUGGUUUAUAUGAAACUUCCAUUAGAUAUAUCAUCGUCAUCAAAUAUUCGACAUUCAAUUUAUAAUCAUAUAUCACAUAAUACAGGUGGUGAUGCCGAUAGUGUAACAAGUGAUUUUUAUCAUAGUUCAAAUGAUCCAUUCAAUGUCAGAGAUGCUGAUGAAACAUCAACAGUUGGUUCACAUGACAGUGGCAAUGGAUUUGAUUUAAAUAGUGAUGAUCAAGUAACUGAUCUUGUUCUUAGUUUUGUUCGAAAAUUUGUCGAUAAAAUAUGUGAUGAAAGUGGAGUUAAUACAACACAUAAAAACAGUCUUCAUACAAAACUUUAUCAAACUGUUCAAAUUCAAAUUGAAGUUCUUGAAAAAGUCUAUCGUGAAACAAGACGAGUUGCACCAAUGCCAAAACCAUUAUUACCACGUUUUGUUACUAUACCGGAAUUAUUUGAACAUGAAGAAUCUAUUGCACUUCGUUCAUAUCUAUUACCAGAUGGACGAGAUGAAUUUUUUAUUGGACAAAAUAGUUUAUUACCUGCUGAAGGAGCAUUAAUCAUGACAAAUUAUCGAUUAAUUUUUAAAGGUCGCCCAGUUAAUCCUGCAAUUGCAAAUGAUUAUUUAAUCGUUCGUUCGUUUCCAAUUUCAUCAUUAAUUCGUGAAAAGAAACUUUCUGGUCAAUUUCGACUUGAUAAUUCAAAUAUUUGUCUUCAUAAUGGUAUACAAUUACGAUCAGCAACUUUUCAAUUAAUCAAAGUCUUUUUUGAUGAUGAAGUUCUUGUUGAUGAUAUUGAAAAAUUUCGUACAAAACUUGUUGAAAAACGUUAUCCAGAAUCUGUUUUUCAAACAUUUUGUUUUUCAAUAUACAGUGAUUAUAAUCCUGUUAUUAAUAAACAAAAAGAUGGAACACUCAAAAAAUAUGGUCGAUAUGCACGAAAUGUUUUACGUAAAAAAGGUCUUAUACCACCAAAAGAUUUAACAACACAUCAAAAUAUGUCAUUAAAAACGAAUGGUUCAAAUAAUACAGGUGGUUUAAAAACAUUAAAUGGUUCAACACGACAUCAACAAAAUCUUUUAAUUCGUACACCUGAACCAGCACGACGUAGUUUAACAUUAGCAAAUACACGUUCACCGAAAUCGUUAAAUAUACAUAAUAAUGAUCGAACAUUAGCUGGACUUUCAACAAUAACAACACCAUCAACAAUACAUGAAUGCGAUGAAGGGAUUGUGGGAAAUAAUAGCGAUGAUGAAGAUGAAGAUAGAUUAUCAACUGCAAUUGAUGAUAUGAAUAGUUAUGCAACCAUAUCAAAUGAAACGAAGAGUCUUGAACGUUUUACAGAUAGUUUUGUUUAUAAGGAUUUUGUACGACAAGGUCUUAUUGUAACAACAUUUCCCUCAUCACGUUCAACAAUACGUACGACAGCUGUUACAUCAACUGUGUCAUUACCAUUAUCAUCAAAUAUAAAUGAGAAUAAUUUAAAUGGCAAUGGACAACAAUUAAAUAAUUCAACGAAUGGAAAUAAUAAUAAUGGAAUGAAUAUGACAAUAGCCGGAGGAACGAAUACAGUAUCAAUGAUUAAUACAUUAUUAUCGACGAAUGAUGAUGUUUUUCGCAUCUCACAUAUUAAUCGAAAUUUUGGUUUUUGUAGAAGUUAUCCAUUAGUACUUGUGUUACCUAAAGAUAUUCUCGAUGAAAGUCUAAAGAAAGUCGCACGAUGUCAUAAACUUCAACGAGUACCUGUUAUUGUUUGGCGUAAUCCACGUACAAAAUCACUUUUAUUACGUGGUUCUGCUUUUUGUAAUAAAGGUUUUAUUAAUUUACUUGUCAAAGGUCCACAAACAAAUACAAGUUCAUCAAGCGAUACGAAUGCAAGUAUCGAACAAGAACGUUAUUUUGAUGCUAUUGUUAAAUUAACACCAACAAAAAUGCCUUUUUCGGCUGAUCUUGGUGAUGUUGAUGAACCAGAAUCAAUUGAUAUAACACCAUUAUCUGUUAGAAAAACACCACAUCAUUCAGCAACGAAUCGUUUACAAAAUUUUCUACCAACACGUGUUUUAUAUGAUCGUCCACGUACAAAAAAAUUAUUAACUAGUGGAAAUGAAACUUCGUCCACUAUUCGAUUAAUAAAUAAAACUCGUAUUUCUUCACUAUUCAAAAGUUCGAGUAGUGCAACAUUGACAGAUAAUAUGCGAUUGUCAAUGGCAAGUGUUAAUAUACAUUCAAAUCUGGAUACGUUACCAAGAAGUGAUACAGCAAGUUAUACAUCAAUGAAUUCACCAACACCAUCAACAAUAACAGCAGGUGCAGGAGGCGGCGGUGGUGGUGCUGGUGGUGGUGGCGGCGCUAAUGGAUCAUCAAAUUUUGAUAUUGAUUUUAAUGAAUCAAUUUUACAAGUUCAUAAACGUUCACCACUUUAUAUUAUUGGGGAUCGAGCUCAACAUCGCACUGGUCGUCUUGAACAAUUUCAAAAUUAUUGUUUUCUUCCAUUGGAAUUUCAUGAUGUUAGUCAAAUAAAAGCAAGCUUUAAAAAAAUGACACGUGCAUGUGUCCCUAGUAUGUCAGCACAGAUAUCAAAUAGUCAUGCAAAUAGUAAUGGAACUGAUAUACCAUCAGUUACAUUACCAAAUUCAAUGUCAUUUUAUAAACUUAUUGAAGAAUCACGAUGGCUUUAUCAAUUACAAAAAAUCUUAAUGAUUAGUGUAUAUAUCGUUCAAUUUAGUGAAGAUCAUGCAUCAUCAGUAAUGAUUUGUGUUGAAGAUGGUUGGGAUACAGCUUCUCAACUUGUAUCAAUAAGUGAAUUAUUACUUGAUCCAUAUUAUCGAACAUUUGAAGGUUUUCAAGCAUUAAUUGAACGUGAAUGGUUUGCAUUUGGUCAUCGAUUUUCACAUCGAUCAAAUCAAACAGCUACAAACAAAACAGGUUUCGCACCUGUUUUCCUACAAUUUCUUGAUCUUGUUCAUCAAAUUUGCAAUCAAUUCCCAACUGAAUUUGAAUUUAAUGAAUAUUAUCUUCGUUUUCUUGCAUAUCAUCAUUUAUCAAAUCGUUUUAAAAAUUUUAUGCUUGAUUGUGAUUGUGAACGUAAAAAAGAUCGAAAUUGGUAUGUUGAUACAACACGUGAUCCACUGACCGAUGAUAUUAGUGGUUUAUAUCGGUGUAAUACAAUCAAUAUUUGGGAUUAUAUAACAAAAAUAAAUCGAGAAUGCGCAAGAUUUUAUAAUUUUCUUUAUUCACCAUCGACGGAUAGUUGUGUUCUUCGUCCAUCAUAUAAAAUGUAUUCACUUGAUAUAUGGGAUUUUUAUUUAAGUGAAACAUUAGAAACAGGUUGUCCAUAUGAUCUUGAUAUAGCAUUAGCUGAACAUGAUGAACAUUUAAAUGAUGCAGAAUUACGACAACGUAGUAAAUGUAUAUCAGCUGUUUAUGAUGAUAUUAGUAUUUGUUUACCGGAUUUUUUCAAUGAAAUUGUUUCGGAAAUGUCAAAUACAUUAUUACAUACAAAUGGAGAUUCAUGGAAGACUUAUUGGGAUAAAAUUGAAAAACCUGAACGAGAAAAAGUUCAACGUCUAUCAAUUCAAGAUGAAGCAUAUAAACGAAUAAAUUCACAACAAAAUUAUCUUCAACCUCAACGAUCACUUUCAUCAAGUAUUUCAUCAUCACGUACAUCAUCAAUGUAUGGUUUACAUACAUAUGAACCAGCACAAUUUUCAACACCACAAAUAUGUGAUACUUGUGAUGGAUUAAUUGAUUCAAAAAAAUCACCCAUGGAAGGAAUACGAGCACUUCAGUGUCGUGAUUGUUCAAAUAUUUGUCAUGAAAAAUGUCGAUCAGUAGCAUCAUGUAAACCAUGUAGACGUGUUGGUGUUAGUGGUUCAUCAGAAUCUCAAAUUGUUGUUAAUUCAAGUCGUUUCGAAACAGGCAGUGUAACAGAUAUUACAGAUGUUCUAUUGGAGAGAGCUGGUGUAUAUGAUCAUCAUGGUUUAUCACAUCCGUUUACAUCAUCGAGUGCUGCUGGAAAUAAUUCAGGUCCACAACAUCGGACUCAUGAAGGUUAUUUAAGAAAACGAGGUCAUUUAUUAAAACAAUGGAAAGAACGAUGGUUUGUACUUGAUUCUGUCCGACAUGAGCUUCGUUAUUAUGAUAGUAGUGAUGAUCAAACAGCAAAAGGUGUUAUUCUUUUAGCUGAUGCAGUAGAAAUUCUUCCAUAUACUGGUCCAUUUCCUAAUGCAUUACGACGAUUUGAUAGUCGAGCUGCUUUCGAGUUACAUACAAAUCGUCGUAUUUAUAAUUUUAUUGCUGCUACAGCUCAAGAUGCUCAGACAUGGACAGAAAAAAUCAAAUCUUGUCUUCUUGAUUCUUAG